GUAGUAGGGUUCUCAAGAGGAAGUUCUGGCAUAUAGGAGAUGUUAUUUUCUGUAAAGUGCAAGUGCAGGAUUUCUCAAAAUGUCGAUUGCUAUUUUCUGUAAAAUGAUUGCAAUGUUGUAUGGCCCAUUUAGAAAUGUUGAUUCUAGUGGACCAGAAUUCGUUAUGUGCGUCUUUUGCAUUGCAUGUCCACAACAUUCAAGCCUUGGAAUUGGAUUUAUUUGUCCACACAAACUAUUUUAAAAUCAACACAAAUUUCAUGUUAAUUUUAAUAUUCAAUUAUUAGUUUAGCAUGAAAGAUAUCCAAUUAUAAAAAAAAAUAUCCAUGCAAAUUUCUUAAUAAAACGUGCAAGAACACGAAAUUACUUUUCUCCCAUUUGUUUGUCCGUUCUCAAUCUGUUUUCAUAAAAAAAAAACACUUUUCAAAGAAUUUAAUAAUAUGGUGUUUUAGGUUUUUUUUUAAAUUAAAAUGUGUAUAACAUGAAUAAAGUGCUUGUAGAUAGUUGUUUGAUUCUUGGAAAGUGAAAAAAGUAUCUCUAAGUAUAAAAAUCAUUUUUAUAUAUAAUAUUUAUCUCGCGCUUUGCCUAGUGUGUCUAUUAUUUGCUAAUAACAAAGAUUUUUUCCCCUGUAGUUAUUUGAAAAGAGUUCAAAGGUUGUGAAACAUGGUAAAGCUUUUAACGGAGCUAAGAAAAAUAAAUUAAUGUAUAAAAGAUAUACAGUAUGUUGCACAAAAAGCUCUAACAAGUUGCAAAAUAUUAGAACAAAAACAUUUAUCGGUACGAUAUAUAUUGCUAUAUUGUAGCAUAUUAACCAUUAACAUAAAAAAAAAACAAGAAAUAAAGAUGAAAAUUGCUUUUUUAAAAAAAAUAAAUAUAUUUUUUAAUAUAAUAAGACUUUGUAUUAUAAUAUAAUCCAAAAAAACCCGCGCUUGAAAAGCGCGGAUCAAAAUCUAGUUAUUAUUAAACAUUGAAAACCAAUACAACAACCCAAAGACAAGAAAAUACAGAGAAAGACCCACAAACGGUCCAGCAAACAAAAGAGCCCAAAGAAAAACGAGGUCCAUACGAACACCACGCGUUAAAGAUUAGCCUGGCUAGGCCACGUAUUAAGCGCACGACAAAGGUGGAACACAUGCUACGCAAAGAAGCCAUCCGUCUUCAAAGACUAGCACGUCAUCGCCGGAGCUACUAAUCAGAUUACCACCGGAAACACACCGGAAACACACCGGAAACAGGCACCGUUCAAAGAGCACCGCCAUGACGAGAUCUGAAAGUGAGAGAGUUCUAAACCACAGCUUUCGUCUUCAACAACAGAAGACCGUAAAGACGCUUUGAAACAAACCAAAAAGAUUUCCUUUUCCAAUAGAAUGUUUCAAUAUACGACCUUAACGUUGAAUCAACCAACGCAAGGAACGAUUGAAACAGAAGGAGCGUAGAGAAGAGGAAAUCAAGCAGAAUCCGGGAAACCCCGGAGUAAAGCCACCAUCAACAUUAACAGAUGAUGCGAGGCGGAGCCAAGUGUCGACAGACCACCACCGAAGAAGAUGGCAUGGUCUCCGGAGCCAAGAGCCAACGACCGCAUCGAGGAGAUGACGCGCCGUCAGAGUCAAGAGCCGGCCGACCACCAAGAGGAAAGGCACUACUACAGAGCGCUCUCUCUCUUAUCUCUUUAUAUCUUUCAGAGAGAGAGUAGCUUUCGGUCUUCCCUCACCGGUGUUCUUUUCCGGUGACAUGUUUCCCGAUGUUCGGGCUUCGCCUCCGGCAACGGUGGCUCUCUCAGCACCGUUGGCUGGCCUCUGACUCUAGCGACACAUCGUUCUUUGAUGUUGUCGGCUAGCUUCGUGUCGGAUUAGUCCCACCUUUUUGUUUUGUUCUUCGGGAUCCCUUUGCCUCUUUGAUCUUCUAUCGGUUUAGUUUAGCUAGAUUUUUGUUUGGAAAGCUUCAUCCUUUCCCUCUGGUUAGGAUUUGUCAUCUUCAAGCUUACUUUGAUUUUAAAAGAUGGUGGUGGUUACGUUUUAAGUUUUGAAGCUUUUAUUUCAUUAGAUCGUUGGGUUUGACGAAUCUUAUUGGAUCGAUUGUAGCUUUAUGUUGGAAUCCUUGUGCUCUGUUUCGAUCUAGUGUUGUUGACGACGGUUCUGUUCGUUGUUCCUGUUUCCGGUAAGCUCCGGUGGACUCCGAUCAGAAUUUCCGGUCUCGACACUCAAGCUGGUGCUGUUUCGUUGGUAUCUCUGUUCGUCCGCCACAUGUCCCGCUUCGUUCGGAGACGUACGCGUGGUAGUGAGUCAUCCGAGUUGCUCUUCGACCACCUUUGGGCCUUUUUGUGUUGGGCCAACGGUUUGGGCUUCUUCUGGCGUGCUCGUGUUGCAAGCCUUACUUAUUGGUCCCUUUUUUUUAAGUUUGUAUUGUCUUAUCUUUUGGGUUUGAUAGCACUGUCCUUUCUUUUGGGUAUGUUUGUAAAUUUUGUUUUAGUUGAAUAAAAUACCAGUGACAAAAAAAAAAAAAAAAAAAAAGAUGAAAAUUGCAUAAAAGCCUGCAUAUGGGUUACAAAACAAAUAUGCGCGAGCGUCUUGUAUACGAAGCUGUCGUUUGUUUUGUUUGUUUUGACGAGAGACAAAAAUCAAAAAUUUAUAAAUGUUUUUAUUAUAUAAUAUUGUAGAGUUGAAAAAAAAACACAAAUAGUAAUACUGUGGACCGCUUAAUUCUUGUAUAUUCAUAAUAUAUGUACAAUAUUUCUUCUCAACCAUUGUAACCUGACAUACAAAUUCUAUCUUAAACAAGUUAUUAUCACUCAAGCUCUCACUUUGAUUUUUUUUUAAAAAUUAUAUCCAUAUUAAAACUGCAAUAAUCAGUUCAACAUACAAAAAACACUUUGUAAGGAUAAAUUUUUUUUUUUUGAAACACUUGUAAGGAUAAACUAUGUAUCAAUAUGUGUGGAGUGGAUAAGCAUUUUGUAAGGAUAACCAUUUUGUAAAAAAACAAACAGUAUGUGUUUGCUCUACCUAAAAAAAUCUAUGAGAAGAUUAACUCCUUGUAUUUAAUUAGCGUUUCUUUGGAAAAAUGGUACUACAUCGACGGCUGGAACAAGAGUCAGUUAAACUAAUGUUUGCAAACUAAAAAAGGAGGGGUGAUUUAGAAUCAGAAAGUUGUAGGAAUUCCUCAAGUUUUUUCGAUUUGAAAAGGGUUUGAAACUUUCUUUCCUUACAUUAGGCAUCUUAUGAAUAACUUGACUGCACGCAAAUGUGUUUCCAAGACAGUGUUACUAGGCCAUUGCCCAUUGCAGACUCACAGAAAUUAUCACCAACAUUAAGGAGUAUGAUCAAGGUUAAAGCCAUGGUUCCCUGAUACACCCUCAUGUGGUUUACUAAAGAAAUUCCUAAAUGUUCAUUUGUUAUUUGGAUGGCUAUGCUGUUCAGACUUGCGGCUAAGGAUCUGUACUGUAUGUGUAUAAUUGAGUACUGGCUUUUAGCCUUUUAGGGUAAACCCCUCUAAUAAUAUUUUACAAUCUACUCUAUUAAAACAGAGUCCUAAAUUUAUCUACUAUUGAAGUUGUUAUUUAUAUUUUGGACUGUUUCAAGUUUGUUAGUAUAUUACUUAAUUUAUGGAUCAUAUCAAGUUAGUUACAAUAUAUUUAUAUUAAACGCUACUGCUACAUUAAAAUCAGACAACUUAGAUUAAACCAAUAAUCUACUCUAUUAUAAGUAAACCAAACGAAUUAUGUUCCACUAAAAUUAAAGUAGACCAAUUGUAUAUACAAUUAUAUUAGUAAUACAAUAAUUCUUAUUUGGACCUUUUUUACCAUAGAUGAAACUUUGUUCUAAGUUGAUUUAUACCUUUCUCUUACCCACAUCAUAUGUUUUAUACAUCAUUCUGAAAAUGUACUGAAUGUAACGUUAAUAAAUACUUAUGUGUUUGGUUGCAGAAUGUAAAAUGAAUUUGAAAAGUAUUUAAUUAUAAACUUACUCGAUAAAAAAUUCAUAUGUAUUUAAUACAAAUAUGUUUCAUAUUAUCGGGUCUAAAAAAUUUUCUAAUCGGAACCGAAAAGAAUCGAUCCGAAUAGAUCUGGAUCCAAAAAGAACCGAUCCAAAUAAAUACGGACCAAAAAUAACUAACCGAAUUUUUACAAGUAUAUAUUGGGACCAAGUGUAUAGGACUCAAAAGAUUAAAACAUGAAGAACUCGAACCCGAAAAGAAACUGGUCAGAACACGAUCCAAAGACCCGAACACCCAAACCUAUUUAGGAAGAUGUGAUUUUCAGUAUACUUUAAAGUUCAUAAAUACAGAGAAUUCAAACUGGCAUAAUUUUAUGAAAUCAUGGGCCUUAAUUCAACACUUUUUUGUUUUUUUUUGUUUUAAUUAGAGAGAUAGGUAAUUAUUGUAUAUUAUAUUUUUGACUUUAAACAGAGCAACAAAGAGGUGCACAAGGAAAUUGAAAAUUAACAUCAUAAAUUAUUUGGCACAACUAUAAUCAUUUUAAACUCUAUAUUUUAGACUAAAAAUUAUACACAUCAAAUAUUGACUAUAUUACAUAAUUAUAUGUACAUUAUAUAUGUUGGUUUUUAAAAAAUAUGAAAAUUCAAAAUAUAUAAAUAUAUAAAAUAUAAUUAAUCUAAAACUUAUUACAAAUUUUUUAUGCAAAUCUUAUAAUAUAAUUGCAUUAUUUGUGGCACAAUAAAAAAAAAUUAUACCGCCAAAAAAUGUAUUGAACAAAAAUAAAAACAAGUAAAAUAAAUAAUGUAUACAAAUUUAUGAAAAACCUUAUAGUAUAAAACUUAUGUAUUAUGUAUAUUCAAAUCAAUUUAAUACAUUUGUUCAAAUCAAUUUUUAUAAAUUUAAACAAAAUUUAUCAAUUUAAUCGAUAAAAAUUAUUUUACAUUUGAAAAUACAAAUCAAAAUAAUUAAUAAAUAUCCGCCCUACUGGGCGGGUUCGAAUCUAGUUAUAAAUAUAAAACUUGGGUCUUUUACGUAAAACCCUCUUAUAAUAUUGUACAGUUAUAUAUAUGAAACUUAGAUCUUUUGUUUCAUGUUGACAAACAAAUACUGUAUAUAUAUAUAUAUAUAUAUAUAUAUAUAUAUAUAUAUAUAUAUAUAUAUAUAACCCAACAUUUAUUGCAUACAAUUUGAGAACUAUAUAUAAAUAGGCAGAAUAGUAACUAUGUUUAUCUAUAAGACUAUAAUAAAAUUCAAAUAAUAUAUAAUUGAAUAAAAUUUGAUGUGAUUACACCCAAUGAAAUUUUCAAAACUGCAAAUGCAAGCUGAUAUCAUUUCAUUUUCAGCACUCCUGGUCAUUCAACAUCAAUACAAAAACACAAUACAAACAAUUACUUUGUCUUUUAUUUUAGGAGGAAUAAGAAAGAAAGUAUAAAACUAAUACUAAUUUUUGGUCCUCUGAAACAUAAUUAUCUGUAGAAGUAUAAAAGAUGUAAAAAGAAAAAAACAUAAGUUUUUUUAGCGUACCUUAAUUUCUCUCUUCUUUUUCCCUCAAAAUGUUGCGUUAAAGGCCCAAGACUUGGUUCUUUUGUGCCUAAGUAUUACAAGGAACCUAACUUGUGAACCUAAACUGCUUUCAAAGAGAAGUUUCUCUAUCUAUAUCACACACACACAAAAAUCUAUCUUUCUCUUUCAGUGGUAACUUCUGCUCACCAUUAAGGCAAGUUUCUAUAUUGUGCUCCUCUAACAAUAUCAGCUACAAAUAUCUCUUAUUUCCACAAGUUUUUUACACAUUUAGGUUUUCCUCAAACUUUGAAAAAAGGGUAACCGAAUCUGUUCUUUCACACAACAUACCCAUUUCUUCUUUUUUCAUGUGAUGUGAGAAUUUUGGGUGAUAAGAAGAUGAAGACUAUAAGUGGUUUAGGGAUAGGGUUGAGUUUGGUGUGUGUGUUUCUUCUAUUAGCACUUGUUGCAGAGGUCUAUUACCUUCUGAGAUGGAAGAAGAAGAUCAUCAGCCAAGAAAGCGAAGAAGAGAAAGAAGAAGAGCAACAACAGGUUGGGUACGCUAAGGAACUUAUCCAGCUCUUCUGCUUCAAAAAGCCUGAGGCCAACAAUGGCGGAAGAGAAGUGGAAAUCUCGAUGAAUCAAGAUUUAGAACUAGGGUUUGAAGCUGAGCUAAUGAAGCUUCAUAACCAUAGGCUUCUCUUCACAAUCAUCGAAGAGACAAAAGCAGAUUUGGAAUCUGAUGAUGGGAAAUCAAGACUAGGCUCAAGGUCAAGAACAAGGAGCCUGAGUGAUCUUCCGCUUGGAGUAAAUGAUUGUACUACCCCUGGCUUCACUCCAUUGGCUUCUCCUGCUACGCUAACGUCAUCUCCCUUGGAGUCUUACUCGCACCAUGGAUUCAAUCCUCUGUUCGAGUCAGACGGUGAGCUUGAGUUUAACAAGUUUUUCAGGCCGUCUUCUUCUUCUUCUCCUCCGCCUAAGUUCAAGUUCUUGAGGGAUGCUGAAGAGAAGCUGAGGAGGAGAUUGAUGGAAGAAGCUAAAAGCAGAGAUCAAAAGUUGACUGUAACAGAGGGUUCGUUUCUGAAGUUCAUGAAUCCUGCGAUGAUGAACAGAGAGGAGAAACAGAGUAGUCAAGAAUCUGAUGAGACGGUGUCGUUUUGUCCUUCUUCUUCAUGUACAAAUCUUAGAACGUUAGACCAGAGGCCCACACUGGUUGUUUAGUAGUUAGACCUCUCUUGCUCUACUCCUUAAUUUUUUUUUUUGGUUGAAAAUUUUAUAAGAAUUUCAAUUUUAAUUGUGUGAAUUAUCUUUUCUUUCUCUCAUUCUUAUUCUUUUGGAAUGAUUUCUUAUGUAUGUAUUAAUCUGAAAAAAAAAUGCAGAUGCUUGUUGUAAUUUCCUUUGAGAACAAAAAUUAAGCAAGAAAAUUGGCUAUGAAA